AGUAAACAUGCCGCGUGUCUAAGUGUAGUGUCUAGUUACCAAAAUGAACCUGAGCUAUCUGGCCUUGUUUAUGGCCUACAUAGACUCGUGUAUGAGUGUAAAACUACUCGAAGCAAACCCAGAUGUAAAGCGUCUAUACGAUGACUUGUUAAGCAACUACAACCGGCUGAUCCGACCGGUGACUAAUGUAAGCGAUAUACUGACAGUCAGGCUUGGCCUGAAACUGUCUCAGCUGAUGGAAGUCAACUUGAAGAACCAAGUGAUGACCACCAAUCUUUGGGUGGAGCAAAAAUGGUUUGACUACAAGCUGCAAUGGAAUCCUGAUGACUACGGUGGUGUUGAGAUGCUGUACGUCCCCUCCGAACACAUCUGGUUGCCUGAUAUCGUGCUAUAUAACAAUUGGGAUGGGAAUUAUGAAGUAACCCUAAUGACGAAGGCGACACUGAAGUAUACAGGAGAAGUGAACUGGAAACCUCCUGCCAUCUACAAAUCUUCGUGCGAGAUCAACGUCGAGUACUUCCCCUUUGACGAGCAGACUUGCUUCAUGAAGUUCGGAUCGUGGACUUAUAAUGGAGCUCAGGUUGAUCUGAAACACAUGGACCAGCUUCCCGGCAGCAGUCUGGUGCAUGUCGGUAUAGAUCUAAGCGAGUUCUACCUGUCUGUCGAAUGGGAUAUUCUAGAAGUGCCCGCUACUAGGAACGAGGAGUAUUAUCCUUGCUGUCCGGAACCUUUCUCAGAUAUAACCUUCAAACUGACGAUGCGUAGAAAGACUUUAUUCUACACGGUAAAUCUGAUCAUACCGUGUGUGGGAUUAACCUUUCUGACAGUUUUAGUGUUCUAUCUACCCUCCGACUCCGGCGAGAAGAUAUCGCUCUGCAUCUCCAUCCUGGUGUCCCUCACUGUGUUCUUCCUCGGUCUGGCCGAGAUCAUCCCGCCAACAUCCCUGGCGAUCCCAUUGCUUGGGAAAUAUCUUCUAUUCACCAUGAUACUAGUGUCCCUCAGCGUUUGGGUCACUGUUUGCAUACUUAACGUGCAUUUCAGGUCUCCGUCGACCCACACCAUGUCCCCCUGGAUGAAGAAGCUGUUCCUCCAACUGAUGCCGAAACUCCUCAUGAUGAGAAGAACCAAGUACUCUCUGCCGGACUACGAUGAUACCUUCGUCUCUAAUGGAUACACCAACGAAUUGGAAAUGAGUUUUAUGUGCAGCCGUGACAGCCUGACGGACGCGUUCGGGGACCCCAAGAGCGACAACGGGGACUAUCGCAAGUCUCCGGCGCCAGAAGACGAUCUACUCGGAGCUGGAGCCCACCAGAGACCCUCAGUGACGGAGUCAGAGAACAUGUUGCCGCGUCACCUGUCGCCUGAAGUCGCGGCCGCGCUGAAGAGCGUGCGGUUCAUAGCGCAACACAUCAAGGACGCUGACAAAGACAAUGAGGUCGUUGAAGACUGGAAGUUCAUGUCUAUGGUACUGGACCGUUUCUUCCUCUGGUUGUUUACUAUCGCCUGCUUCGUGGGAACAUUUGGGAUCAUCUUCCAGUCUCCGUCCCUCUACGACACCAGGGUGCCUGUAGAUCAGCAGAUAUCAUCCAUUCCAAUGAAGAAGAACAACUUCUUCUACCCGAAAGACAUUGAAACUAUUGGUAUUAUUAGUUAAAUAUUUAUGAUGAUCAUUUCGAUUGAAGAUUUAUACAGAUUUUGUUAAAUGGGCUUCCUAAUUUAAAUUUAAUGUUUGAAUGUAUGAGUUUAAAAUUAUAUGAAAUUGUUUUAUUUGUUCAUUUUGUU